CGUCGAGUCUUCACUCUCAUCUUCGUCUUAACCAGAGGAGUGCUGCAGCACACAAUAGUGACUGUAGGCACAAUAGGCUGGUUAUGCACUAUUUGAUCGACGACUCACGCGCCGUGACCCUGACUCCUGCUACUGUACCUCCACCGUCCACAGCUCUCACUUUGACGUCUGCCUCUCUGCCUGACUCCUUUCCCCUCGUAACAAAGCAACGCGCCCUGCGACUGUCUGCACGACACCCAUCUGCUACCCCAUCUCUACCCCAACCCUUCUAGCGACAAUGCCGUUCCUGCACCGUGUGUCGGAGCGCGUCUGGGACUACAUUAGCCCGCGCAAGACGCAGCAGCGGCGGGACAAGCCGUUCAGGGUCCCGCAAUUACCUGUCCGAUCCAAGAUGGCCGAGAGGGCCUCCCCGGAGACCACGCCCAAUAGCAAGGUCGAACACUGGGCGCCCAACACUCCGGCCUCACCCACUGACCUCGACGACACCUUGCUGCCGCCCUCCCCGCCGGCCUCCCUCCACCGAUAUGAAGACGACUUCGACGGCGACACCUUGGUGCACGACUCCGUUGAGGACGGGUACUACAAAGACGCAGAGUCGGAUGCGUACGACGCCAAUGACGCGACCAUGGUGGUCGACGACGGACAAUACAUGGAGAUGCGCAAGGCCGUCGACCGCACCAAUGAGCAGUUGCGCCAGGAGAUCCAGUGCCGCGAGCUGCGCCAGGCUGGGUGGUCCGAGGAUUCCAUCUUCAUGUUCCAAAAGCUGAACAUGCGCGGCUUCGAGCCUCUGCUCCCAGACCCGUGGCAAAAAGAUUUCGUCACACUGCCGCUGAACCUCUUCACCCCGAACGACAGCAAGACCUUCAUCAAGGCAGACGGUCAAUCGGAUUUCCGAGCCCAAUAUGCAUUGAAUCAACUGUUCACCGUUGGCGGUUUCGCUCGAGAUGCUGUUCUCACCAAGGCUCGCAAGCGCACGGCAGAGCGUCACAUCGUGCAGUCAGUCAAGAAAUAUUCGCAGUGGGCUAUGCGGGACGGCGGCAUGCGACACACCUACAAAGGCAUCAAGCUCUUUGACACAGUCGCCUGUCCCAGGAACAUCCCCUCCUACGUCUGCGAGCAGCAAAUGAUCCGCAAGCUCAACAAGAUGUAUCAGAAGUGGGACGACGAGAUGUUGGGCCACGAUAAGUCUGGACUGGUCGCCGCUCCGGAAGAAAUUCCUACCCUCUACGGCGUAAUCGCUUCGCACACAGUCAUGGCAUUUGUUAGCUAUGUUCUGCCCACCGAGCCGAACCCAAAUGGCUCCUUGCGCACUAUCGCCAUCUUCGACUUUGGCGAAGAUGGCCACGACGUUUGGAACUCGUUGGCCAUCGCUAUUUUCGUGAUCCAUUGCCGGAACAGGAUGCAGGAGCUCAAGGAGUUCCUGCCGGAGCCUGUCGUUGUCCAUAGCCGCGACCCUGACUUGUGAUCUUGGCCGACUCCCACAUCAGCGACGCAAAGCCUAUAAGACGGUGCUAGCAGAUGCCUCACACUGGACUUCCUGCUGCUCCUAUGCUACUUUGGCAAGAUGCGUUCCCCACCUGCCCUACGAGCGUUACGCUGGACGACUUCAACGUUAUCAAUCCUUGCAGCUGGUGCUUUAAUGGUCCAGCAUAGUACAAACUCUACGAUUCAUGUUUCCCGGCCUCGGCGUUUUCACGACUAUACCCCACCAUACCCCUGGAUCUAUACCCAUCUGUUCUUAUCUUUGCUUGGCGUUGGUACGAGAUUCCUACCGGACAUUCCUAUGGCUUCUCUCUCGCGUUCAGAUUGCUUCGUUCCGUAGACGCCUGGCUGCCGAGAGUGCGCGUUCGAAAAACUACUCUAUUGGUCCGGACGCGGGAGGCAAUGCCUUGAUAUUAAUACCCGUUUUCUGUACAAAUUGAACAAGCAAUCUCAAAG